AAGCACCUUUGCUCUGUAAUAUUCAUUUACAAGAAGUCAUUUUGCUCACGGAAUACGUGUGUGUGCUCUGGGCUCUUCCUACAGAUAAGGAAUACUGGUGCCGUAGUUGGAUCAGAGGGGGACACAUUGGAUCCAGGACCCACCACAACCGAGAUCCGCUGGGACUACGUCUCAUCGACUAGAGAUAAAGGACGUACAAUACAUUUACAGAGGGGUUCUAGAGUGAAUCAGGAACAUAGAGGUCAGAAGGUGUGAGAAACAACCGAAACCUAAGGCUGUUGCCAAGAAGUGGCAUAACUGUCUCCAAACCAUGGAGGGUGGAGGAAAGGAAUUACUUCACAUGGAUAAGCUUUUGGAAGCCCUGCCAACAAAGGGAAGAAGCGCUCUACAAUUCAUACCAGGCCAAAGAAACGACGAAGUGCUCCUACAGUUAAACCUUAAAGACUAUAAGACCAAUAAAUUAACACUUCAGCAAGUCCUGUCCGUUGGAGAUGAGGUUCUAAGAAGCCUCGACCUCAACACUCCAAAAGGUGAAGCAUGGAGCUUCCUUAGAAAACUUAUUGCCUUGGAUGAGACUGCCAGAAACACAAGACCAUGGAUGUCUGACUUAUCCAGACGUAGCCUCUUCACUGAUGAGGAGGAGGAUUUUGACUGUAAUCCUUGGAACCGGCAUUCAUGUUCUAUCCACCCACUUGAUGUGCUUUGUGCCGUUCUGCACAGUUCAGAUCAUUUUUUGCAGCAGGAAAUAAUAUCGAAAAUGUCCACGUGCCAAUUUGCUGUCCCUCUACUGCUCCCCUCUGGUGAGGGUAAGCAGUACACUCUCAUGUUAUGGACCAUGAGAGAUAUUGUGAAAAAGUGGAGACCUUGGUCACUAUUAAGUACUAAGGGCUUUAAAGAGGAGAGCUUGGUUCACAUAGCCAUGCCAACAUUCUCAUUUGUGAGACUGGGCCAAUGUCUUUUAUCCAAGUCUAGAAUCCUUAAUCAGACCCUCAGCCCCACUUAUACGCAUCAUGACUUCUUUGUGCACCGGGACCAGGAGUGUGGAUACAAGCCAAAGGAAAUUUCAGACGGAUUAGUGGAAAUAGCCUGGUAUUUUCCAGGGGGCAGAGAAACUUCCGAUAUUUUCCCUGAACCCAUUGCCGUUACUAAUCUUCGGGGGGAUCUGAAGUCAAAGAAGGAUCAGUUGAGUUUCAUGGCACAGGUGUCUUCCGCUGUGUUUGUGUUUACCGAAGAUAUUGAUGAGGAGAAAUAUAAAUUGCUGCUAAAUUCUGUAGGAACAAUCCCAAACUGUUAUUUUAUUAUCUGCCCAGCCGAUGGCAAACGUGCCAGCGAGGAAACAAAAAAAAUUCUUGCCAAAUUAUGCUCCGAAUUAAACUUAAACAAAAAGAACGUAUUUGUAAAAGACCCACAGAUUAAUGAAGCUGCCCUGGUGAAACACCUGCAAAAUCUCAUUAGAAAUGUAAUUAGAAAGUCACCCAAACAGAUCAAACUGGAGGCCAUGGCAGAAAUCGCCGGUAAAUUCAAUUUCAAAGUGGACGAGAAUGCCAAGGAAUGCCAGAAAGCAAAACAACGCGUUCUAGAGAUUACCAGUAGAAUAAACGACAUUGGCCAAUACAAAAGAGAAACUAUGAAGCUUCAGGAUAAGUUUUGGAAACAAGUGACCAAAAAUGAGAAGGAACUGUGCAGAAUGAGGGAACAAGGCGAUAGGAAUGGGGAAAACUACAGGUCGGAGUUAAUUAAGCAAAAUGUAGAGCUCCGAAGAGCUCAAAAUCAGCAGAUUCUUCCAGAUGGAAUCGGUAAAUUUGGGAAAGCUCUUAAUGACUUGGCACAUGUAGAAAAGCUUUACUUUCUGAAAUGGAUGAAAUUUGAACUAGGUUCUAAAGGCAGGAAAACGUUAUCCAUAUUACAGAAUGACUACAAGAAGAUGUGUAACCAUGUAACCAGCAUGGAUCAGCUUAAUAAAAAAGAUCAGGAUAUUUCUGAAAGUUCCCUGGGCAUUGAACAUUUUCUACGUGAGUUGGGUCAGUUUUAUGAAGCAGAAUGGUUUACAGCAAAAGAUGGAACGUUAAAGAUGGAGCAGAAAAGGUUCCGUAAUCUCCCAGGUGUUGCAGCAGAUCUGCUACUGGAUGGGUUCCCUUUGGAGCUAAUGGAUGGAGAUUCCUCCAAUAUCCCUCUGCAGUGGGUUACAGAUGUCCUGACUGAGCUGGAUAAUAAAACAGGAGGGAAAUGCAGAAUGAGGGUUAUCACGGUGCUGGGAGUGCAGAGCACAGGGAAAUCCACCCUCCUGAACACCAUGUUUGGGCUGCAGUUCCCUGUGGCCAGUGGGCGAUGCACACGAGGAGCCUUCAUGACCUUUAUCAAAGUAAAGGAAGACUUCCAAAAAGAACUGGACUGUGUAUUUAUUCUAGUGAUCGACACCGAAGGUUUAAAAGCCCCAGAGCUGGCUUCAAUAGACGGAAGUCACGAGCAUGACAACGAGUUGGCAACUCUUGUCGUGGGGUUGAGCGAUAUCACCAUAAUUAACAUGGCCAUGGAAAACACCACGGAAAUAAGAGACACACUGCAGAUUGUGGUCCAUGCAUUCCUUAGGAUGAAAGAAGUAGGUAAGAAACCGAGCUGCCAGUUUGUGCAUCACAAUGUGAGCGAUGUUUCUGCUCAUCAGUUGAACAUGAGGGACAGAAAGAAACUCCUGGAUCAGUUGGAUGAAAUGACAAGGGCUGCAGCAAAAAUGGAAAAGAGAGGUGGAAUCACGGCAUUUAGUGAUAUAAUGACCUAUGACCUUGAAGAGCAAAGCUGGUACAUACCUGGACUGUGGCAAGGAGUGCCACCCAUGGCCCCCAUUAACUCUGGAUACAGUGAGAAUAUCUCUAUACUGAAAAGGCAUAUGUUUGAAACUCUGAAGACUAAAUUGAAAGCACAGAAACCACAGAAUAUUCAUUCAUUUCUCACGUGGGUAAAAAGCCUAUGGAAAGCGGUGAAACACGAAAAAUUCCUUUUCAGCUUUAGAAACAGUUUGGUGGCAGAAGCUUAUGACCAGCUCUCCAUGAAAUACUCGGAGCUUGAAUGGACCUUCCGCAAGGGGAUGUACAACUGGAUGACUGAAAUGCAAACUGCAAUCAAAAACCACAAAACAGAACUUCAGACCAAUGCAAUAAAGGACUAUGAACACUCGAUGAGGAAAACGUUAGAGCAAGAAGAGAAAACCAUGUCGGCACUGUUGGAAGCGUACUUUGAAGGUGGCUCUGAUAAUAUCAAUCUUGUAGAGAGAUACAGAGAAGAUUUCUUCAGAAGUAUAAAAAAUCUGACAAAAGAGCUCGAGAGAUAUUUAAACUCGAAGCUUUCGGAGGCAGUUCGCAUUCAAAGAGAGAUGUGCAAGAUACAAGAUAUACAAAAUAGCUGCAUUAAGACAAUUGAAGGCAAAGUUGACUCACUUUUGAAAUACUGUAAGAGUAGGCAAGUAAGGCCUAGUGACAUGGACCUGACACGUGAAUUUGAUACCAUGUGGCAAGGUACAAUAGAAGGACUGGAUUUACGUCCUUUAGAGAAGCAUAUUGUUGGCCAUAGCAUGCUGCAACAGUUGAAAAAAGAGCUGAGUAACAAGGGUGGUUACAUAAAUAAACUGCUAGUCGGUGUAACAAGUCUUUCCGACUCACAGGAACCCUUUGUAAUAAAAGACAAGUACUUAGAUUUAGCCUGGUACGAGAAAUGUAUCAACACCAUGUGGUAUAAAGUAGCAGGACUUACACAGGACUAUUACAAACAGGAAUACUGCUAUAAAAUAGAGACUCUUGUAGACGUCUUAACGGAUCGCUGCAGUAGGUAUGUUAUGGAGAAAUUCAACUCCCAACAGGACUACCAUGAGACGUUCUGUCACGAGCUGCUCAACAUGGUCAACGAGCAGCUUCAGAAGAAAGAAGUACGAGAUAUCCACGCCACCGACUGCUUGGAGUUAGACUUGAAGCUCCGCAUCUUAGGGACGGCGGCACCAAGGUUCCAAGCAAUGCACAAUUAUUUCCUCCAAAGCAAUGAUCCCGCGCGGUGCCUGGAAUCCUUAAGAUCUCGGUAUUUCCUGACUUUCAAAGACAUAUUCCAGGAGAAGGACCAAAGCCGGAACAGGGCUAGACAGUUCUGCGAGCAGUGCCUCAGGCCGGCUUUACUGAUCCAUAUAAAGAGCCAUCUAGGCAACGAAAUUGUCACUGAUAUUCUAACAAGCGUUGAUUCCAUCAAGUACAACAGCCGGAUGUUCUUCCAGUACACCGUACUAAAAAAACUGUUGGAAGAUAAGAAAUUUGAUCAGUACGUCAAAUAUAUCAAUAAUUAUGAGUUAUUUGUGAAAAACUGGAUAGUGAGCUUCAUUAAAGACAAAUACCGAACAUCGGGAUCGACGGAAACAUUACAAACACGCGUUCUGUCCGACGUUAUGAAGAAAGUCAAGUCUGCUCUUCGGGACCCUGAUAUUCUCCAAAAUACCAGGGUGUCGGACUUUUUGGCCGACGUCUGUGAAACCUUAAAGACGAAACUAGUGAUUUCUCCGAAUGACCUGAAAGUGGUGCUUUUUCAAAAUUCAGCACCCGUUGAGCAGUUUUCUACGGACAUUCAGAGCUUUCUUAACGAGUUAGAAUCUGAAAUAGUAUCAGAAGUGAAAGGUUUGAGCGUGCAGUCAAUACUUGAUGGAGCCACGGUAAAACCCGAGGAUGAGCUGUUUAAGAGAGUGUUUGGCUGUGGGAAGCAGUGUCCCUUCUGCAAGGUCCCCUGUGAGGCUGGAGCUGGUAACCAUAAGGAGCACUUUGCCUCUGUCCAUCGACCAAAGGGUCUUGGAAGAUACAGGUUCGUAGACACGGGUAUUCUCAACUGGGCUGUGUGCUCCACAGAGGUUUUGACAGAUAGAUCAUUCCAGAACUCAGAUACAGAUUGGAAACCCCAUCCCUACAAAGAAUACAGAGCAUUCUACCCUGACUGGCGGAUUCAGCCCGAUGCUAGUAUAAGUGCAUCCGAUUACUGGAAGUUCAUCUUAAAAGAGUAUAAUCAGCAGUUUGCAAAUGAAUACAAAGCUAAGCCGGCCGAGAUUCCAGAAGAUUGGAAUAGUAUAACCGAAGAGCAAGCGCUUCAAAGCCUGAUGGAGACUUUCUUACUUAUGAAAGACUAAGAUGAUGAAAAAAUGUAUUUCGGAGGAUUCUGUAUCUUGUGCAAAUAAUAAUUUAUCUACCUCCCUUUUGGCUACUCAAGUCUGUUUUAUUGAGGAAUUAUCUAGGAACAGAAAUAAUAUUAUACAGACUUGGCAGAAUAAUCUGUAUGUAUAUUCGGUAGCUAAGCCAAUCACCAAUGAUUUACUUGUAGUUGCACUUUGGGCUUCUAUAGAAUUACAUAGAGACCAUCUGACGUCUCAAUAAUCUACAUAUAUAACAAACUGAACUGUUAUUUUUUUUUUUUUUUUAGUCCUUUGGGAACUGUAUGAAAGGGUAGAUGAUUUUAUUUUAAAGGGCACAUACCAGUAGGUAUCAGAAUAGCACUCAAUAGUAAGAAAUCCAAGUCCGGCU